CGCGGCGCCGCCGCCGUCAUCUGGAGCGGCGGGGAAGGAGAUGGCCACGGCGGAGGCGCUACCGGACGACCUGCUCGACGAGAUCCUCCUCCGCCUGCCGGCGCGUUCCAUCCUCCGGUGCCGCGCCGUCUGCAAGGCUUGGCGCUCCCGCACCUCCCACCCCUACUUCCUCCGAGCCCACGCCGCCCGUUCCAGGAUAAUCGCCGCCGCCGUGGUGGACACUACUGUAAUUCCCGACGGCGAAGUCUGCACCACCAUCAGCAUCAGAUCUUUUGGCGACGGCGACGGCUACCGCUCGGGGGCGGCCGUGUCGUCGUCGUCGUCGUUCGCCUCGGUGCGGUUCGAUUCCCGGCCUUUUGUCCUCGGCUCCUGGGACGGCGUCGUGUGCCUGGUGCCCCGUCCUACUGCCGGUUUCGUUCGCCCUCGCAAUCCCAUCGACCGAUACGUGCUCGUCAAUCCGCUCACCAAGGCCUGCACCAGCGUGCCGCCGCCGGCAACCCGCGGCAUCGUCAUCUGCGGUUACGCCCACCCGACCACGUCGCGCUACCACCUCCUGCACGCCGACAGCUUCUUUUCCUACGACGGUACGGCGAGGGCGACCAUCCAGAUUCUGCGAGUCGGGGAGAAGAACAACGUGUGGCGCAAGAUCGCCCGCCACCCUGCGCCUGCGGGCGUCGUGGAGUCGAGGACCUACAUUCGAUUGGGCGGCGCUCCACCCGUCAGCCUCCACGGCUGCCUGCACUGGCUGGUCGCCCCGUCGUCGGCACGGCCUCUCCUAUCGGUGUUCGACAUGGAACGGGAGGAGUUCCGGCAGAUGGACACCCCCGAACAAUGGGCUCGCCAUGGGAACCUGCCGCACAUGAUGAGUGUACAGAUCGCUCGGCGCUCCGGCAAGCUGUGCGCGUUCGUCCACGAGCCGAGCGCCAGCGCGUUGGGGAUGUGGAUGCUCGAGGACUACUCCGACCCGAGCAGCUGGCGGCUGGAGCGGAGGAUCGACUACUCGCGCCACGGCGCCGGCAGCCGGAACGUCGCGCGCACGUUCCGCAACAAGUUCUCGGCGGCCACCACCGCGGUGGAGGUGCUACCCGAUGGUGUCAACGGCGGCGGCGGCGAGGAGGAGAUCAUGUUCCAGUUCUUGAUCAACCAGUUCGACAUGAGGGAGGCUGUGUACAACGUUGGGCGCGGGGCGUGGCGGUGGCGUAGGAUUUUGCCACCGACGAGGCGCGUGAUGACGCACAAGGAGUGCAUGUUGCCGCGUGAGGUGAGCUUCGGUGGGUCGGCGCAUUUUGUGGAGGAGAGUGACAUCGGCGGCCAUCGUUGCUUUUGCUUAUGGUAGUAGCUGGAGUAGUUGGGUUUGGGCUUGCUCGUUUUAAGCGCGGUUCUAAGA